AAUGACCUACCUUCUUCAGGUACGAGUCGCCACGCCCAAUACGUUCACUCAUAAUCACCCGCAAUUCGAACCAUAAUUCCAUAUACUCUCACAAAGAAAGACUACCUGCCUAUAAUGACGACCCGCUAUCGCGUAGAGUAUGCGCUGAAGACCCAUCGAAGAGAUCAAUUUAUAGAAUGGGUCAAGGGUCUUCUAGCUGUGCCAUUCGUGCUACACUCACAACCUACGGCUAUAUUUGAAGACCGGAGACAGACGGUUGCCCAAAUGGCUGCCAUUGCACACAGACGUUAUGCCGAGAUCAUGGGAGAUGUUGAAGAGCUCAUCAAUGACCAUAUUGCACAUCAGAAUGUUGGGAAGCAAGACCGCUCCAAACUUAAGCUGCUUGUCCCUUCUGUAGGAACAUUUUUCACUCCGCUACCGCUCAAAGACGCCUUCAUAUUCCAAGAUGCCCAACGAUCGAUCAGUUCGCGUCGAUUCGUAGCGCCGUCAUUCAACGACAUCCGUUUGACCUUGAACACAGCACAGCUCAUGAGCCUUUCCCGUAAUGGGCCGCUACAGCUCGCAACAUUUGAUGGUGACGUGACUCUUUAUGACGACGGGGAGUCUCUGAGCGCUGACAACCCUGUAAUUCCACGCAUUCUGCGUCUCAUGCAGCGCGGCGUCAAGAUUGGUAUUGUGACCGCAGCAGGAUACACCGAGGCGGGGAAAUACUUUGAUCGGCUCUCGGGGCUAUUAAAUGCUGUGAAUGAGUCAAAGGAUCUCUCAGCAGAGCAGAAGCGGAAUUUGGUCGUCCUCGGGGGCGAGGACAACUACCUAUUCAGAUUCAAUGCCAACGACCCUGCGCUGCUUUCCUGGAUUCCGCACGAGGAAUGGCUGAUGGAUGAAAUGAAGUCGUGGAAAGAAGAGGACAUUGGAAUGUUACUUGAUCUCGCCGAGAGCGCACUCAAAGACUGUAUCGCCAGCAUGAACCUCAAAGCGCAGAUUCUGCGUAAAGGCCGCGCUGUAGGAAUCAUUCCCGCGCAAGGCCAACGCUUCGCGCGGGAACAGCUCGAAGAGACUGUCCUGGUGACUCAGAAGAUACUAGAAAUGUCUGAGGUCGGUCAGCGCAUUCCAUUCUGCGCUUUUAAUGGCGGCAACGACAUCUUUGUCGACAUUGGCGAUAAGUCCUGGGGUGUACUCUCCUGCCAGCGAUUUUUCGGCGGCAUCGAAGGCUCCAAAUCACUGCACAUUGGCGAUCAGUUCCUCUCAGCAGGAGCUAAUGACUUCAAGGCUCGUCUGGCUUGCACCACCGCUUGGAUUGCUAAUCCUCUCGAGACGGUCCAGUUGUUAGACGAGCUUGAAGAGCUAGGAGAAUGCCGUCAGCUAAAUGAGGAAUCCCUCAAUGCACAGUAGAGUGUUCUCCUUUUACUCCAGUUCUGUCGUCAGCAUAUCGAGUGACCCCACUGUUCAAGUUCUUCAAUCUAACUUCGCAAGGGGAGCCACAAAUUGUAAAGGUCCACUCCUUCAAAUUUUUAAGCAUGUGCGCC